AUGUUCAACAAGUCCACUCUUUUCGCCGCCAUGCUGGCCAUGGCACCUUUUUCCGCCAACGCUCACAUGAUUAUGGCGAGCCCCGUUCCUUACGGCCAUCCCAACAACUCUCCUCUCGAUGCAUCGGGCUCCGACUAUCCUUGCAAAGCAGGGCCUUACACCAUUGUCACUAUGAACGACUGGAAAGUAGGAUCGACACAGAAGCUGUUCUUUACAGGCACUGCUGUCCAUGGCGGCGGUAGCUGCCAAGUCAGCGUCACGAAAGACAAGGAACCCACCAAGGACUCCAAGUUCAAGGUCAUCUACUCCAUCGAAGGUGGCUGCCCUGCCAAUUUCCCUGCUAAUUAUCCUGAGGGCGGCCCUAACUACGACGGCUAUUUCCCUUUUACUGUGCCACCUGAGCUCCCCAACGGACAAAUGACGAUGGCUUGGACGUGGAUGAACAAGGUUGGUAAUCGGGAAUUCUACAUGAACUGCGCGCCCAUCACCGUUUCAGGAGGAGCUACCGACACGAAGGCCUUCGAUGCACUCCCCGAUAUGGUUGUCGCCAACAUCAACGUGCCAGCUGCCGGUACUUGCAAGACAAAGGAGACUUUCGACUACACAUUUGCCAACCCGGGAAAGUACAAGACUUCGACCGGUUUUGGGCCUUGGAUGGAUCCUUGCAGCACUGGUGAUAAGUCGACGGCUCCUACUCCCAGUGGUGGCGGUGGUGCAGUCAAUGCAGGAAAUCCUGUUCCCGAUGCCGCGCCUGCUGCUGGAUCUGGAUCUGGAGCGGAACCUCCCGUAUCUGGGGCUCCUGUUGCUGGUGUACCCGCGGCUCCAGCAUCGUCCGCAGUUCCAGUAUCUUCUGCAGCCCCAGUGGCUUCUGCGCCUGCACCCAACACCACACUCCGUACUAUCGCAACCGUCCCUAAACCUCCUUACCCCGCAAACAACACCUCAGCACCUGCACCCACCGGCCAACUCCCCACUGCUUCUGCUCCUGCUCCAGUCCCCACUGGCGCAGCACCCGGCGGUAACGGUACCCCUUGUCCUACCAAUGGCGCAAUCAUCUGCUCGCUCGAUGGUACGCAAUUCGGCAUCUGCAAUUUCGGCAAGGCUCUCAUGAUGUCUGUGGCUACUGGGACCAAGUGUGUGAAUGGAGCCAUUGCGCGCCGUGACGCUUUGUAUAGCCAUCGCAACAUGCGAACUGCCAUUUGA